AUGGCUCGCGAAUUCCGCUGCUUCCUUCUCAUAACAGCAGACAAAGCAAGCAAACGCCGUGAAGGCCUGUUGUUCAGACGUUACGUUACCGCCCUCGCCAAGUCGCCUCGACAAUGGUUCCGCAUGCGCGACACAGAUGCUCUGAUCCGCUUUACCAUGGGCGCAGCUCUGGUCUGUAACGAUCUCGAUGACGUACAUUAUACCGAAGAACAGUUCGAGGCUUUGGAUGAACUCGGCGCCACUCUCUACGACAGUGUAGCCUUCUACAAACACCGGUCCGAGGGCGAGACAAACUCCACGUUCGCAUACGCGCCUUCCGAUAUCCGUAUCAAGGCUUUCCACCAGUCCCGUGAGUUGCUCUGGGCUCUCGAUGUUGCUUGGGCGGGCAAGCGAGAACACAUGGUUAUCAUCAAUUUCUUACGAUUCUUCGGUGGUCCUAUACAUAUGAUGAUGCGUCGCUACCGGUUCAUCGAAGAUGGAAUGAUGAUUGGUCGACCUGAGACUACCGCCGUCAUCACACAAGCACGCCAACAGUUCAAGCUCUGGAACCGCGUCGACAUGCAGGAUGGCGAUGCCAAGGACGUUGAGCGCUACAACCACUUAAUGGCGAGAAGUGAUGAGCUCAUGUUCAACGGCCUCCGUGAGUUCCUCGACGCGAGCAGCGAGGAUACUUGUAAGGGCUGUCAGCAUCGUGAGACACAUGGUGGACAUACUUCUUUCUCGUUUGGUGGAAUAAAGCUAUGCGACGGCUGCAAGGAGUCUUGGGGUGCGUACGUCGAGUCUUUCUCGGCUCGGUUCGCGGAAGUGUUUCCGGAGAUCAAAAACGUGAUGACAACUUAA